CAGCGCGCCACUGAAGGAAACAGUGAGAGGAGCGUGAAGAGGCUCCAGAGACUCGACACGGACUCUGAGCUUUGACUUGAUCCUGAGCUCUGAGUGUGAGGAUGUCAAGCUACAUACAUGCAUACAAGGACUGUUACUCACCAUGUUCCUGUAAACAGCUGGUGUAAUCUCUGCGGAGGACUCAGGAGACGUAGAGGAUCUGCUCAUCUCACCGCUGGCACGAUCUUGUCUCCGUUCCUCCUGAUGCUGAGAGGUUUGUGGUCACACAUCUGCCUCAACUACAGCUGAAUUGCUGUGAAGAUUGUGUCUGCUCCGGCUUCCUGAUUAAGUGAAACUGUGUCAACAACAUAUAUAUAUAUAUAUAUAUAUUGUCAGAAAGUGCAGUCGGACACAGAAGUCAAGAUGUCCAUCACCAACACGCCUACCAGCAACGAUGCCUGCCUGAGCAUUGUGCACAGCCUGAUGUGUCACAGACAGGGUGGUGAGAGCGAGACGUUUGCCAAGCGGGCCAUUGAGAGCCUGGUGAAAAAGCUGAAGGAGAAAAAAGACGAGCUUGAUUCCCUCAUCACAGCGAUCACCACCAAUGGGGCCCAUCCCAGCAAGUGUGUGACCAUACAGAGGACACUGGACGGACGGCUGCAGGUGGCUGGACGUAAAGGCUUCCCUCAUGUAAUCUAUGCCCGGCUGUGGCGGUGGCCUGACCUGCAUAAGAAUGAACUGAAGCAUGUGAAAUACUGCCAGUUUGCCUUUGACCUCAAGUGUGACAAUGUGUGUGUCAACCCCUAUCACUAUGAGAGAGUGGUGUCUCCUGGCAUAGACUUAUCAGGACUGACAUUGACAACCGGUCCCAGCUCUGCACUGAUGGUUAAGGAUGAGUACGAUUUUGAUGGACCACAGAGUCUGCCCUCAAUCGACGGAGGUCACUCCAUCCAGACCAUCCAGCACCCCCCAUCCGCCGGCCGCCCGGCCCCCUCUGAACCAUUUGCGACCCCAAACCUGCUCCCGCCCGCUGAGGCCUCCACCUCUGCCUCAACGUCAUCCUUCCCCGCCAUCGCUGCUGGAUCAGGCAGUGCCAGCGCAACCUGGUCUAGGAACAGCAACUUCACCCCCAACAUCCCCCACCACACCAACGGCCAUCUACAGCAUCACCCUCCUAUGCCACAUCCGACACACUACUGGCCAGUACAUAAUGAGCUCGCCUUUCAGCCUCCUAUAUCCAAUCAUCCAGCUCCUGACUACUGGUGCUCCAUCGCCUAUUUCGAGAUGGACGUUCAGGUCGGGGAGACGUUUAAGGUGCCCUCCUCUUGCCCCAUCGUGACGGUUGAUGGCUACGUCGACCCGUCAGGAGGAGACCGUUUCUGUUUGGGCCAGCUCAGCAACGUACAUCGCACUGAGGCUAUUGAGAGAGCAAGGCUUCACAUUGGUAAAGGGGUCCAGCUGGAGUGUAAGGGCGAGGGCGAUGUGUGGGUGCGAUGCCUCAGUGACCACGCAGUCUUUGUUCAGAGUUACUACCUGGACAGAGAGGCGGGCCGAGCCCCUGGAGACGCUGUCCACAAAAUCUAUCCCAGUGCUUACAUCAAGGUGUUUGACCUCCGUCAGUGCCACAGACAGAUGCAACAGCAGGCUGCUACGGCUCAAGCAGCAGCCGCAGCCCAAGCAGCCGCUGUGGCCGGAAAUAUACCUGGACCCGGAUCAGUUGGAGGAAUAGCUCCAGCUAUUAGUCUGUCAGCGGCAGCCGGUAUCGGGGUGGACGACCUAAGGAGGCUGUGUAUUCUCAGGAUGAGUUUUGUUAAAGGCUGGGGACCCGACUACCCUCGCCAGAGCAUCAAGGAGACCCCCUGCUGGAUCGAGAUCCACCUGCACAGAGCUCUACAGUUACUGGACGAGGUCCUGCACACUAUGCCUAUAGCAGACCCACAACCUCUGGACUGAGAUCCUUGCAGCUGCAGCAUACAGUGGCAAUGGAAAGUCUUCCUCAGUGAACUGUUUCUGGUGGAGAAGCCAGUGAAACAGCUGCGACACUGAAGCUGAAAAAAAUACGUUGAGGUGUGUUUGAGGCACCUUUGUGCACUGUGGCCCCUACUUUUGCUUCUUUUUUUUUUAGCAAGAGUGACUCUAAAAUGAGCCAAAGCCAUAUAUUAAAGAUAUAUUUAUCUAUAUUUUUGAUAGAUGGCUUUGAUUUGUGAUGACUGGAAUGAUGAACUGUAGGACUAGAAAAACACGUCACAGAUAACAACAGUUACAACAUGCACAUAGAUGACCUGCAGAUCCCAUGAAACUGGAAUGUACAGCGACUACUCGGUCCACAACCACCAACUACUGACAGACAUUAGAUUCAGUGAACAGAGAGAAGAUGCGAGUGCUGUACAUGAGAGGGCUCACAUAUCCAGCGUCUGAGCACCAGAAGUACUGCUGGUUUUCUAUUGUCACUUUCCACUCAAGCUGUUACAGACUGCUUCACAACCGAUGGGAUGACAAGUUCAGCCAACUGUCAGACUGAACAGAAAAGCAGCAGCACUCAAGAGGAUAGGCGCUCGACAUCAUGCUGGUCGCUGCCUCUCAGAUACUGGACAGGGUUGAGGACCACCCAGCUGCUUGGAUCAGGUCAAACUAGACAUUCACAGACAUCCACGAAUAUCACAGGGAAUGAAGUGACAAACACCACGCCUAAAGCCGACUCUCAAAGUCUGUGGACUCUUCUAGGUCAGGUAUUGUCGAGUACGAGUUUGGACCUUAAAAACUGGUUGUGGACCUGGUGGGUGUCCAAUGACGAAUAUCCCCCCUCCUCUCCCCCCCACACCUUCUCAAUACAACCAGAUUAUGCAGCAAAGGAAGAUCCGACAGUUGAGGUUUUGGACCAGACAAUAAUAUCCGUCUGUGGCAUCAUGACAUACAAAGUUGAAUCGCCCAUUGAUGAUACAAUAUAUCAGUUUUUACUGACGUAACGCCUUUACACACCAGGGGCAUAUGUCAAGGGCUUUUAUUGUGAAAGGUAAGAACGGAGUGGAUCUGGUCUGCGCUACAUUUGUCAAGGUUUGUUCUGGUUCGGAUGGAUUAGUGUUGUUGUUUCAUAAAUAUAGGCGCAACUCAACCUCGCUUUUUCACCACGUAAUAUUCGCAAUCUGUGUGAAAGUACUCACGACAAAAACAACAGUUUGAAAAAAUAUAGGCCCUGUUCAGACCUGGCAUUAUCAUGCGUGCUGAGUGACAGACAGUCAGUCUUAGAUGUUUGAGAUUUAAUCUCGGUAAAAGGAACAGGGUUUAUCAGAGGUUUGGCAAACCAAAGUACUCAUUACUCAGAAGUCUACCGAGUCUAGUGUGAUCAAGAGAGUGAGAAGUCCAGUCAGGUGCUGGACUUUGCCCCAGUUGCGUUCAUUUGGAAGUUUUUUUAAUUGAAUUAUAACGGUGAUUUUUGUAUUAAUUUCAACUGUAUUGAUUUUUAUCUCCAAGCAUACCCGACUCCACACUAGUUGAAAAUCAUUGUACUUAAACAUCUUAUGACUUGCAGCCCACUUACAGUAUAUAUACUACUUGAUCCAGGUCUCAUGUGUAUAGUUUACUGACAAAGAUACGAGAAUUUAAGACCCAGCAAUAUUGCUAUAUUUUCUUGGUUUUAUUUUUGUUACUUUUAUUAAUUGAUUUGUAUUAUAUUUUUAGCACUUUACUUUUUUUUUCUUCUUGUUUUUAACUCAAUAACCCUAAUUUAGAGGUGGUGGUGCUGCGAUACGGAAAAGGGAGUGAAUAGUUUGGUUUAUAUUUGAUGUAGGAUUGUGAGCAGAGGCAACUUUGUGAUGCAUUUGUAUUGAAAACAUAUGUAACACUACGACAUCUUUCUAAUAUCUGUUUUUGCCCUUUCACUCUAUAAUAGGCAUUAAUAGGGUUUCUUUUUGGCUGUUCUGAGUUUUCUUUUUUGAUUUGCAGUUUUUCUUUCCUUUUUAAUCCAUGUAAAUAACUUUGUUUUUGAAAUGCAUGUCAAUGUUUGCAUGACUUUUAAUGUCAAAUAGAGCCCUUUAUUCCUGCCCCCUUUUUUUAAAAUAGAGUACUUCACUUGCCCUGCAUUACACAGGGAAACUGGACUAUCUGAGGAGAGUAGAAACCAGCACCUGCUGUAUACUGGAGUGGUACAGAGGGAAGCUACAUAGUCAUAACUGAUGGCAAUCAUCCAAUUUUAAUUAAAUAAACUCAACUUUUUAGCAGCCGAGCUCCUACAGAACUGGCAACCUGUCUCCAGAGACCUUGUUUGUAUACAGUAACUCCAUCAGUUAUUAGUGUGCAGCCUCUCUUUGGAAGUAAAAGCAUGAUAUCUUCUCUCUCGCAGGUGUUGAAACAGGUGAAGGUAGAUUGUCGCACAGAAAUAAUUAGAUUUCAACACGAAUGCCCUUGUCUCCUCUGCCCCAGCGCUGCAUGUGAUACAUCCUGUUACUGUUUUUAAAGGCAUUUGUUCGAGAUUACACACAUCGGUUAAGAAUACACAUUUAAUUUACUCAUGUUCAUCAUAUUUUUCACACCAAACUGCCAUACAGUAUAUUCUGUAUAAUGACAAGACAUUUUUAAAAAUGAAUGUCCCUAAACACG